AAAUCGUCAAUUCAUUCUUGGCCGAUGCUUGCCAUUCUGAUGCUUGCCAUUUCGUAUCCAUGGCCUCGUCGUCAUUAGCAAAGGUCUCAUUCCGUUCUCCAACAGGGAGAUUGUGUUCCUAGAUUGUGUUCCGGCGGUCGUUGUCUAAGAAUAUCCUAGAUUGUGUUCCGGCGGCUGUUUUGGCUUGGUCCGACGGAGUUUUCUUCUAGUUUUUUGUUGGAUUAAUCCGGCGUUCGUUUUGGAUUGGUUCGGCAGAGGUUUCUUGCCAGCUUUUGGUUUGAAUUGAUCUGGCGGAAGUGCGUUUUGUUUCUUUUGGCAACGACAUGAAUGUGCUGGAUCGGAAUUGCAGGGGUAUUAGCAAAGUAGCCACGACUCAGGAGUUGACAGAUUUGGUUCCGACCCACGGCACGGGUGAUGAACGGACGGGGAGAGAUGAAGGGCUGAGCAAGGGAGAAUACAAAUCGGCAGUCCGUCCCCCUCCUGAACCGCCGCCUUGGAUCGAUCGAGAUGCCAGGGUUUGGAAGAUGAUGUUUCAAGAAACCAGCCAGGAAAGAGUUUGGAGUAUUUGUCAGUUAUUUUAUUUUUUAUGGUCUUAUUUUCGUGUUAUGUUUGUUUACGGUGUUUCGUUUUUGUUGAUGAUUUUAGUUUUAGGUCUACAAUAAUGAUUGUCAAUUCCGCUAGAUAUUAUGUCCUUAAAAGGAUCUAUAUUGGUUAGCGAUUCGUAUUGCUCUUUCAAGGGUGGUCGUCUCAGAGUCUAGCCGUAGGGUUCAUUGUGCUAGUUGGUUAGAGAUAGGUGUUGUCAGGGUUGAUCUAUUACCCGAAAUAAGACUAAAAAGGUUUGAAAAUUCCAAAAUAGGACUGCCAUGUUUUUAUUCCCAAAAUAGGACUAAUUACUGUCAUGUUUUGGCAGUACCAGACUUCAAACAUGGCAGUAUUUUCCAAACUUGACAGUAAUUACUUCUAUUCUGGGAAUAAAAAACAUGUCAGUCCUAUUUUGGAAUUAUCAAACUGUUUUAGUUCUAUUUCGGGAACUUUUCCAUGAUUUUAAUAUAAGAGUUGGAUUUGAUGAUAA